CUUCUUCAUCUUCAUCAUCGUCCUCUCUCCCUCUCAUAACUUGUAUAGUUUCUGCAAGAUGAUGUACGAAAACCAGCGCACUAUUCAUCAUGCUCCUCAUCAUCAACAUCAGCAGCUGAGGAAGAUAAAGACUCAUCACAAUCAAGAUUCUCAGAAGCACAGAUCAGGGCAUGCAGAUCAUCAAGAGGAAGAAGGAGAAAAGCUCCAACUAGUCGACCUCAGUGGCAUGUCCCUCGACGCUCUCCCUAGCCCUUCUCUUAAUUUAGCCCUCAUCUGCAAGUUGAACCUCUCUAAUAACAACCUUCAGGAAAUUCCGGAAUCUCUAACAGCGAGAUUGCUAAAUGUAGUGGUGUUAGAUGUGCACUCCAAUCAGCUUAGGUCUCUCCCCAAUUCCAUUGGCUGCCUCUCCAAGCUCAAGCUUUUGAAUGUCUCUGGCAACCUCAUCGAAUUCCUCCCUAAAACCAUUGAGAAUUGCAGGGCCUUAGAAGAACUGAACGCCAACUUCAACAAGUUGACUGUACUUCCGGACACCAUAGGCUUCGAGCUCAUCAACCUCAAGAAGCUCUCCGUCAACUCCAACAAGCUCGUCGUCCUUCCCCGCUCCACCUCCUACCUCACCGCCCUCCGAGUUCUCGACGCCCGCCUCAACUGCCUCCGAGCCCUGCCGGAGGACCUCGAGAACCUCGUCAACCUCGAGACCCUUAACGUCAGCCAGAACUUCCAGUACCUCGAAACCCUCCCUUACUCCAUCGGACUACUCUUAAACCUGGUGGAGCUCGACGUGAGCUACAACAAGAUCAAGGCGCUGCCGGACUCCAUCGGCUGCCUGAAGAAGUUGAUGAAGAUAAGCGUGGAAGGGAACCCCCUGGUGUCGCCGCCGCCGGAGGUGGUGGAGCAGGGUGAGUAUGCGGUGAAGGAAUACUUGUGUGAGAAGAUGAACUCGGCACACCAGAGCCCGCCAAAGAAGAAGUCAUCGUGGGUGGGGAAGCUGGUGAAGUACGGGACCUUCGGAGCGCGUAGGAAGGAGCGUGAGGAGCGUGAAGGUUUCAUCAUGCACGAACAGUAUCGCGCCAUUGCUGGCCUUGCAACUCCAAGGCAUGUCAGUAUGUUCUCUCCCAAACGACUCUUCUCGCCCCGUAGGUACUCAUGAGGCGCAAGCCGGUCAACAUCGUCUUCUCCAACCAAUGAUCCUGGGUUUUGGUUGAAUACGAAUUAUUUCAUGUGCUUAUAACUUCACUGUUUCGUUCUUGUACGUUUCCGUAAAUCGGAGUUACAAAUAUGUAUGAUAGGUUUGUAUGUAUUUGUACGUAGAUUACAAUGAAUCAGAGAGGAAGUACUCUACGUGGUGGUGGAUUAUUUGUGGGCACUAGGCCUUAGUGAUCAUCUUUUAUUAUGUCUUUAGGGAAAAAAGUGUCAGCCAUGGUUUUUUUUUUUUUUUGGGCUAGUGUCAGUCAUAGUUUGUAUUAAUUGACUUGAUAUAUGGUGAAUCUUGAACAUCUAGGUUAUUAUAGACUUCCUGUUUAGUUGAUAGUUAUGAUUAAUAAGAAUCAAAGGAUUAUAGCUAGUACU